GCUUCAACCGGCAGAGCCUUAGCUGGCCCUUCAGCAACAAAGCUUGCCGAGUGGGCCGACCAAUUGCUGCAGAGCUAUAGUGGCCAUGGGCAAGGUCGUGUCUAUGCUGCAAGAGACCUGUUGCCCAUCGGUGUCCCACGAAAAGGAGUCCAUCCCUGCCACCUGGAGCGGUGCUGACUCCCUGCCGAUGCUGCUGGGUUCGGUCGAGCAGGAGUGGGUGCAGCACCGGAUCAUUCCUGCGAAUCGCUUGGAGGUGGUCCCGGAGGAACGUGACGCGGAAGAAUGUGCCGAGAAGGAGAGUGUCAUAGAGGUCCACUCCUCGGGCGAGACGUCGCUCAAACAAACCAGGUUGACCCAACCUGCUGGCACGGUGAAACGUGCACCGCCUCCCAUUUUGCCCAUCGGCAAGCGGAGGUAUCCCUAGGCGUGUGGCGUCCGCAGUCGAUCCAGGAGACUCAGUUGGACAUCUCCGCACAGGCCGCUGGCCGUGGAGUGAAAAAGACGCUGCAGCGCCUGGUUGCGUUGUUUGGACGUCAUGUCGCGCGUCAUUGUGGAACCUUUGCUGUUCUACCUGGGCCUUGCUGAAGGAAACCCAAGUUGCGUGA